ACAAGUUCCAACUGAUCACACCUUUUAACUAACGGUCUAUUACAAGGAAUUUAGGUACGACAGGUUUCUAUUGACACGAACCUAUUCAAUAUCGAAUUUAAGAAAAACGAAUGGAGACAAAUUAUUUUUAUUGUUGAUAAACUUAUUACAACUCAGAAUUUAUUGAUUUCUGACAAAUAAACCGUUAUCUGAGAGUUAGAUUAGUCUAAUAUAACUCACGAGUUGUGAUUUCUUACAUGUGCAGAUAAUUGACAACUCUUUUACAGAACAAGUAUUUGUUUAGAACGAAGGAUUAAAUAAGAGAUGGAUUAAGCACGUCUUAUUUUAUUGAUAAACUUUCGUCGAAAACAAACAUUCGCUAGUUAUUGUAGUGUUUAAACUGGUAAAUGAAAAUGUAAUAAAGAGUAAUUGUGAAUAGAAUUUAGGAUUUAAAUACCACAACAAGAUGCUGACCAACCAAGUAUCUCAUGAUAUAGACAUGCUUCUCGAGACACCAGGUCUUAUUGGAGGGGACAUGAGCUCCAGUAUCGAGGGUCCUGACAGAAUACCCAAACAAUUAAUGGCAUUCGAGAAAUUACUAAGACAUGCCAUUUCACGAUUUUCUAAGGAUAAUCUCUAUGACAUGCUGCUGACUUUAAAUUCUGAAAUGGACACUCCAAGGUCACGGGGUGGUCAACGAGUUAACACAAGUGAUCCAAACAGAAAAAUUCAGUCUAUGAGACAAGUCCGCCAGUUGAUUAAAUCUAUAGAGGAAGCAGCUAUUAAAGGAAGGGCUUCCGAUCACGAGUUGAGAUGUCUCAAAAGUUUUGAAACUUUCGACCGCGAUGUUAGAUAUUUAAGAGAUCUGAAAGCCUAUUUUGAUAGUAACAUUUUGAAAAGUUUAAAUGAUGAGUAUUACGAUCCUGUUGAUUUUCCGAAUGCUUCGGCUGUACCUCAACUUAAAGGACUGGCCACUCCAGAGUCGUCUCGUUCGAGGAAACCCACUUCAAAAGCAUCAAAGGAGACACGUGACCACGCGCGGCUACCUUCCGUCGUAGUAGAACUCAAGGAAUUAAGUGGAGUAUGGGGCGAACUACUCAGUGAUGGCAAUCUAGACAUUUCUAUUUUUGAUCCAGAUAGUCAUCAUGAACUUCUACAAUUUGAAAACUACCAUUCAUUUGAACCCAUUUUGCGUCUGGUUCCAGAUGUAUUUGUUAAAUCUUACAAAGGAAUCGAUUUAGGAAGAGAAUGGCUUGCUCUUGCUGUCAGAAUCUACGGAGAACGUCUUCCACUUAGGAAAGCUAAGCCUAAAACACAUUCACCUCCUCCUCCGCCACCGGAAGUGCUAAAAACACCGACUGCAAGAAGUAGAGUUCCAUCUGCCGAGGUCGACAAGAGGGUAAGCGAAGUCAAACAGCAUAUAAGCAUUAUAAAUAAAGAUAUAACAGAAAAACAGGAGAUUAUAGUCAGUCUAGCAAAAGAUGAAAAGAAAUUGUCAAAAAGAGAAAAGAGAUCCGACGCGCUAACGAAUAAUUUUGAAAAAGUCGAUAAUAAAAUGCAAAGAGCACAGCGAGAUUUUCAAAGAGCGGUAGCAGAUCUUGACCGAAUGAAUGAUCAGAUCAAAUUCCUUCCAAACAAUAGCCCUAAAUACACAGAGUUAUUCAAACGGUGUAAAAAUAUUGAAAUUGAUAUUGAGAACAAACAGAACACCCUACAGAUGUUGGAAUACGAAAAAUCAGUGGUUCAGGAAGAUUACCUCUUAGAACUAGAAAUGAGACCACAUUUUAUUCAUUACAUCGGAGACAUACAGCAUAAGAUAGAAACGUUGAAAACGGAAGUAAAAGAAAAACAAAAUGCAAAGAAAGAACUCGAAAAACAAAUUGUUUUAAUAAAAACAUCGAAAUCCGCUAGUGUUAAUAAAUCUAUGCAGAAAUAUUUGAAUGGUGAGCUAGCAUAUGAUCUCGAGGCUGUUACUCAUCGGUUGGAAAUGGCUCAAUCACAAGACGACGAAAGGAGUAUAAAAAGUGCUGCGUCGGGAACGACGUAUACCGACUCUGAUGUUGAUCUGGCUGAAUACCUCGUCGACGAAGGUCGACAACAAUCGGAAUCAGACUUGCAAUUUUUCUAUGAUGCUGAUGGAGAAAAGGCAGGAAUAACGAAACCACACAUGCGCAAAGAUAUCAUAGGAAAACCACGAAUAGCUGAAAGUGUUUUAGCACCAACUCAGAACCGACAGAAACCUCGAGCAAAAGUUUCAUAGCAAAUUCAGUUUAUACAUGUGAAUAAUAGAGCUUAAUCAAAUCUUGUUGGUUUAAUUGUUCAGUAGUUGCAAUUUAUUAGAGAAUCACAAUUUUCACUGCAUACAUAGUGCAUAUUAUUAAUAUACAACUGCCGUUUCGGCCAGAAAUUUACUAACCGAAAAAGUUAGAAAUAUGCACCGAGCAGAAAUUAAGUCGGUUAUGGUAACUUUUGCACAUAGAAUAGCAUGUGGAUUUUGCAAUACAAUCAAUGUUUGUAUUUGUACUGUUUAAUAUGAAACAUGUGUGAUGUUUAUUCAAGAAAUAGAGAUUUUAUUUAUAAAUG